CAUAACAUCACAAAGCCCUCCUUAUCUUUGUAUAAUAUCGAUCGAUCCUUAACGUCAACUUAAUGCUGAAGAAGAACUGAAACAUAUUUUACAAAAGAAAAGGAAUACAAACGACCAAAGAAAUAAUACUAUGAAGAAGACAACUCUGAAGUUAACGACCAUCAUUUUGGGGGUUUUCUUCAUCAUUCUUCUUCUUCUUCAAAGGCCUCGAGGUGGAUCGAGUAAUGGAGAUCUCUCAAUGGGACGGAAGUUAACAGCUCUGGAACCGAUUGAAACCAAAAACGUAGCAAGAUCGUUGGAAGAUUCAAUAUGGACAGAUCAUUUAGAGAGAGAGGUCGAUCAUCUGAUGAAGCACGAAUAUCCUUCACCGGUGAAGCCAAGGAAAAGAACUCCGGUUCACAAUGGCUUGCCUAAUGGUCAUUAGUUGACCCUUGUUUGUUAUACCUAUUAUAGACUUAUAGUUCCUUCAGUUUUUAUUUAAUAUAAUUUUGUUAAAAUCAUUUAAUGGACGUAUCAUAAUGCUGAAUAUUAGUA